AUUGCUCGACCAGACCAGAGUAAAUACCGUCGUUUCCCCGCCCUAGUAUUUAUUUAUUUAUUAUUUAUUAUUCUUUGCAGCUUCCUAAUUCAAUAGAUUCCGCUUCCAGCCUCUGGUGCUAAAAGUUUCAGAUCGUUUUUUAGAGCCAUGGGGAAUGGGAUGAAUAAGAUACUUCCUGGUUUGUUCCUUGGAAAUUAUAAAGAUGCUCGUGACACCGAACAACUAAAACAGAAUAACAUCACACACAUUCUUUCAAUCCAUGACACUGCUCGGCCCAUGUUGGAGGGAAUAAAAUACCUGUGCAUCCCUGCUGCAGAUUCACCCUCGCAGAAUCUAGCAAGACAUUUUAAAGAAAGCAUUGCUUUUAUCCAUGAGUGUCGGCUUAGAGGUGAAGGCUGCCUUGUCCACUGUCUUGCCGGUGUUUCCAGGAGUGCAACCUUGGUCGUGGCCUAUAUAAUGACUAUCACCGAUUUUGGCUGGGAGGAUGCAUUGUCCAUUGUCCGAGUGUCGAGAUCGUAUGCCAGUCCAAAUACGGGCUUCCAGCAACAGCUUGAAGACUUUGAAAAAAACGAAGUGGCCCAGUUCCGAGAUUGGCUUAAAGCAAAGUAUGGCGAAAACCCUUUGCAAGACAAACAAGAUGCCGAGGCUCUUUUGCAGAAGCACAAACUCCAUGCAGCCGAUCCUUACAAAUAUACCUGGAAGGCCGUGGAAUGAUAUCAUUGCUACGGGGACAGCCGAACAUUUAUUGUAACGUUCAGGGUAUAGUCACACAACUAAGCAGGGUAACUUGCGCUCACAUCUUUCUGCACGUGCCGAAAAAGGAUUUGCUUGGAAAAGAAUAAUUGAGGGGAGGGCAGAUGGGCUAUUUGUGCUGUUAUAAUACACCUGCCUUUAAUUAUUUGAGGAGUGGGACUCCAGGACAUGAACCUUGUUAUACUCGUGGUUGAUCUUGCCUUCAUUAGGUGAAGGGCCAGUGGUGGGAUUCAGCCAGUUCGCACCUAUUCGGGAGAACCGGUUGGUAACUUUCUAAGCAGUUCAGAGA